AUGGUUUCCAGCGACAGCGACGCAAGAUGGCAGCCACCACGGGCUCAGACAAUUUAUGAAAACCGAAUAUACAACCUUAAAAUAGAAUGUGGACCUAAAUACCCAGAAGGACCUCUCUUUGUAAGAUUUGUAACAAAAAUUAAUAUGAAUGGAGUUAAUAGUUCUAAUGGAGUGGUGGACCCAAGAGCCAUAUCAGUGCUAGCAAAAUGGCAGAAUUCAUAUAGCAUCAAAGUUGUCCUGCAAGAGCUCCAGCGCCUAAUGAUGUCUAAAGAAAACAUGAAACUCCCUCAGCCACCCAAAGGACAGUGUUACAGCAAUUAAUCAAAAAGAGAAACCACAGGCCCUCCCCCUCUCCCCCCAUUCGAUUUAAGCAGUCAUUUUCCACAGUAAUACAUUUUCUAGAUACAUCUUGUAGACCUCAAAGUACUGGAAAGGAAGCCCCCAUUCAAAGGCAAUUUAUCUUAAG